GUUUACGUGGCGCAGCCAGCUCGCACGGACCGUUUGGUGACCCGAGCUUAUCAAUGUGGACGCGGAAGAGGGCACGGAAGAAAGAACCUUUCGGAACAAGUUCCUCAAGGCAUACUUCUGCGCACGGACCUUUUGAAGCUGGCACACAGGAGACCGGCCCCCUACGGGACCCGCCAAUGCCUUUCGGAACAAGCCUGAGAAGCAAGGCACUUGCCUUGUGUGAAAGAAAGGGCCUGGCACAAGCACUUGUCUUGUGAAGCCUAGUAUGCGCGACGAAGCCCUGCGUAGGUAUCGCCUAAUGGCCCCCUGGAUCAUAGGCAGUUGUAGGCGU